CUCGGCCAACCGCAUCUUCGAGACGGCGGUCAUGGAAUCGCCGCGGAAACAAAAACAAGCUGACCCUGACGCCAACCACGGGCUAGUGUGCCCUGAAACACCCUUGAAUCUAUUCCCAAUCCCUCCUAGAGUAUUCCAACCUUUAAACUAGACCCAAACCAGUCGGCGUCAUGAGCAACCACCGCUUCCUCACGUGGGGCUCCCCGCAGCGCAGAUUGGACUCAAGAAUGUAACCCCUAGUAUCUCAACUCUCUCCAACCUCACCGCGGGUUCUGAAGAGUCAAGUCAUAUUAGCCUGCGGUGCGAAGUGCGAAGAUCCUUCUUCUGUAACCUUGCCUAUCGGUUACGUUGGUGCAACCCGAUGUGCCCCGAACGACGGGUGAGCUCUUAAAAGAAGGAGCUUGAUUUUCCCUGCUUCUCCGAUUUCUUCACAUCUUCUCUCUUCGUCUCACUUUUCUUCCUCUCUCCGCACGGUAACUUCACCAUCCAUCACCAUGGUGUUGCUCCUCGGAACUGUCCUUGCCGUGCUAUUGGGGAGCUCCCCCGUCACCGCGGGCUCCCUGCGCGAUAUUGAGCAUGUCGUCAUUUUCAUGCAGGAGAAUCGCGCGUGGGAUACCUACUUUGGUACCAUGGCCGGUGUCCGUGGCUUCAACGACCCCAAUGUCCAGGUCAACUCCGAUGGCCAGUCGGUCUGGAACCAAGUCGUUGACCCGAGCAUGUCUACCGCUACCAACACUCUUCUGCCCUGGUACCUAGGCUAUAAGGGAGGGGACUCGAAUGAGGCCAUUCAGUGCAUGGCUGCCGGUGAUAACGGCUACCAUGAUAACCAGGCCGCCCUCAACCAUGGCCUGAACAACCACUGGGCCCGUAACAACACUCCCUGGAGCUGGGGGUACUUCAAGCGCCAGGAUAUUCCCGUUCAGUUCGCCAUUGCCGAGGGAUGGACCUCCGGUGACAUGUACCAGGAAUCACAAAUCACUUCCACCAACCCUAACCGUGUCACUCUGGUCAGUGGCUCCGUCAAUGUGCCCGGCAGCCCGCAAAACUCCUCCGAGGGUGGUGUGUACAUUGACAACAACGAAGUGCCCGGCUGCGAUGGCAACGGUAUUAACUGCUACCCUCUGAAGUGGAAGACCGUUUACGAGUUCUACGAGGAGGCCGGUGUCUCGUGGCAGCUGUACCAGGAUACCAACAACUUCGACGAUAAUCCAUUGGCCUGGUUCCAACAGUACCAGAAGGCGAGCAAGAAUUCUCCUCUUGCUCAGAAAGGCAUGUCCUUCGUGGGCCUGGACGCCUUCUACGCCGCCGCCGCCAAUGGUACCCUACCCGAGGUCAGCUUCAUUGUUGGACCGACCGAGCUAUCCGAGCACCCGCCUUACCAGCCCAAGGAUGGUGGCUGGCUGCAGAAGCAGGUUGUUGAUGCGGUCAUCAACAGCCCCAAGUACUCGUCGACCCUCCUCAUGAUCAGCUUCGAUGAGACCGGUGGUUUUGGCGACCACGUCGCUCCUUUCCACUCGCCCCAGGGUACCCCCGGAGAAUGGAUGAAGGAUCCAUUGGGCGUGUUCGGUGAUGUCUUUGUGGGACCUGGUUUCCGCGUUCCUUUCUACAUGAUCUCUCCCUGGACUCGCGGCAAUCGCGUCUUUACAGAGCGGGCCGAUCACAACUCCCAGAUCCUUUUCGUGGAGCAGUGGCUCACGGCUCGUGGGUACAAGGGCAUCCAGACCGACCAGAUGGUUCCGUGGCGACGUGCCCACAUGUCCAACCUGGUCAAUGCCCUGGACCUGGACAACCCCGAUUUGUCUCUUCCUUACAUCCCCGAGGCCGAGACCCCCAUCACCAACAGCAACGGCGACUACGUCGGCUCAUCCCAGUGCCAGUCCAAGUUCGGUAACCCGCGUCCCCCAGUCCCCUACGGCCAACAGGUGGCAAACUCCACCAACGCCCUCUGGUUUGAGGACGGUUUCAAGGAGGUCGUUGGUUAUUUGACCGAAGGACGCUACCUCGUUGCCGAGAAGGGUGGCUCCGCGUUGACCAACUCGGGCAAGCGCAACUACGUGACCGUGACCCCAGCGACCGAGAAGCACGAGUCCAAACACCAGCGCUGGGUCAUCCACUACACCUCGGAUCCCGAGAGCGAGAUCUUCACCAUCUCCAGCGCCCUCGACGGUCGCUGGCUGGGAGCUCGUGGUGUUCUGCUGGACAGCCACCAGGCCUCGGACGCCGAGCCUGUGCGCAUCACCUUCUUGGGUAACGGUCUGGGAUACGCCGUGCAGUAUGUCAAUGGUAACCAGUACAUCGACGUAGACCGGGUCGGCCGUCUCAAGAUCGCGACCGGGAAGCGCGUGCCGGACUGGGGCUUCAAGCUUUUCAGCGUGACCUACCAUGAUUAAUGAAGUCGGCUAGCCGGACGAAAGCAGAGAUUGAUGCUAUUUCAUUUUGAGGUUGACAAAACGUCCUCUGGAGAGCGCGUUUUAUGAUGAUAGUGCCUGCAUACUUAGAGGGCGGCCUGCAUGACUUGCGAAUUCAUGACCACUGAUUUAUUUUCUCGCGUUUGAUUUGCAUGAUCAAGCUAGCUCCAGGAUACGAAUUUCAUGCACAGUUAUGCAUUACGAGAGUUGAAUACUCUGAAAUGGAGAAAGAUGAUCAUAUGACAGAUU